GAAGUGCUGAGCCCUCCCUGUAUCCGUUUAUUGGUGUUUAGUACCAUAAUGACUCAGAAGUGCUGCGCUUUUAAUCAAAUACGGUAACACGGACUGUUACUGAAAGAGGAGGUUUCUGGAAAAGCGACAGGAUGUAACCAGAGCAAUCUUUUUACAAAGGAAAUGUGUUGAACAGCCUUCAUUUCCUUCUCGUCUGUACAAGAAUAAUCUCCAUUUCCUAGAGUGAUUUUAUUUUUGCUUUAUGGUCUUGAUCUUCAGCGUGUGGAUGGAAACCCUUUAAUUGUACUAAGAUGAAAAGACUGCAUCCUGCUAUUCUCAAUAGUGGUUGAAGAGGAUUAAAAGAAGUAAUUUUGGAUUUCAUAAAUUUGUCCAGUCUUGUUUGUGUGAAUAGCUGAUUUUUUUUUUUUUUUUGCCUCCAUCUCUGCAUAUUGAUUGCAUAUUCAUAAACAAAGAAACCAAUGGCUGCUUCCAUGUACCGGCAAAGUGUAGCCCUGCGAGGUUUUGCAGGGAGUUUAAAUGGCUGUAGUGCAGCUGUUGAAGGCACGUUUGGACGAAAUACUGGGCAUAUCUGUAAAGGAAAGAAUGGAGAGGCUUAUUAUAGCCAGGCAAAAGAGAGAUCAGAAGCUUGCAGCAGUGCUGUUGUACACAAGAUCACCAGUGCCCCUUGGGUGAACACUCCACUAAGUUAUAUCAGCUGUUUAACAUCAAGACACUCUGACAGCUGCACUUCUAGGACAGAAGUUGCAACAGCAAAAAAACUUGCAGCCACUUACACACCACCGCAGUUGGAAUCUGUAGAUCCACAAUGUCGAUCCCACUGCAGCCUACAAGAGGUGCGAAUGAUGAACACAGAUAUUCAGGUUCAGUCCAUUAAGUAUGUCCCUGAUGAGAAGAUAAGUGUACAUCUUCUAUUCAGCAACCUGGACCAGAAGAAAAAUACUGAAGUGGAAAUUUCUUAUUCCCAACUAGAUAAUCUAGAGGCUGUUCUGGUCAACCACAUAAACAAGACUUCGGCAGUGAUCCUUAAGCCUGACCGUUCAUGCAGAAAUGUACUUACUUUGUCUCACAUUGAAAAUAUAGUCAGCUGUGUAACUCCUGUAGAUGACCACAAGGAUGAUACUGUGUUGAAAAACCAGAAGAAAAUUAAACGUACAUCAAGCUCAGACUGGUUAACUGCUUUAGAAUUGAGGAAUAGUGCACUGCCUUGCCAUACAAAUGGAAGAGUGGAGUCCUGUGUAUGGGACAUGAAUGGGGGCCACCUGGAUUCAUUCCACAGUCUAUUUGAGACAGAGCUGUGUAGAAUGCCAUACCAUACAGAUUUUUAUUGUUCAGGUUCUGCACCCCAUUUGAGUGAUAGCCUCCUCUUUAAUGCCAGCAACACCUUGAAAAGUUCAAAAGGGACCAAGAAGAAUGAGCCCAGCAUGGAGGAACAUUUGGCUGUGAUGUAUGAGAAACUUAGGAUAGAGCUGCCCAAUUUCUUCCUGAAGACUCAUAAUUAUGACAUUUACUCGCAGGAUGUGGAGUUCAUCAAUGGCUUUCUACACAUGAAAACAAGAGGAAGAGUUAUGUACCAGUUUGCAUUAACUCUUAGCCGCUUCCUUGCAUGGAAUUACUUCAUUGACAUCAAGAUGGAAGUGCUAAAGCUGACUCAGCAUUCAGAAAACUGGACAAUCCAAGCCCGUUGGAGAAUUACUGGGCUUCCUUUUCAUGUCCUGUUGUUGCGCUUUUACAAGCGUGAUAGGACUGAACUAUACAGAAUGUAUGAUGCCUACUCCACUUUCUUCCUGGGCUCAGAUGGACUGAUACACUGUCACAAGGUGGAUAGG